AAAAAAAGGGGGGCGGGGGGACUUCGGUUCUCUUCCUAUGCAGUUAGACCAGCGGGGGAACUUGGAGGAAGGAGGUCAGCAGCGACAUGGACUGAGAAUCAACCAGUUAGGGGUGAAAUUCCUCUGGCGUCCGAACCUCGAAGUAGUUUUGCAUUGAGCUCCUUGGGUGACAACAUCUUCCUCCCGAUGGCUACUCCCGUAAGGUUUUCUGGCAAGCGUACGCACAAUCAGCCCGAGCCAAUUGAUCCUGGGCAUGUCUACAAUGUGCCUCCUCUGAAUGCUAUACCCCUGAAUUAUUUUAACCCGUUUGUAGCAAAUGAUGAUGCUAAUGCUGCUUGUUCUGAUAACAACGUUGAUGCUGGUGUUGAUGACCCCCCGGUCGAACCUGCAAACACAGAAGACCCAUCCAUGGUCUUCUUUCCCAAUGGAACAACUGAGGCGGAAUUUGCAAACAUCUUGAACAGAAACAGAGGCGCUAUUGCCCUCUCCGGGGCUGCAUCUAUGCAGAGGAUCGGUUCAGGUAUUGGACAAAUGAACAUUGGGGAGAGUGACGGGUUCUACAUAUUCCGUGUCUCUCUGCCUGGAGUGUCCGGUAGUGAUGAUAGCUUCAGUUGUGUUGUAGAUCCAACCGGGAUGGUGGAGAUGCAAGGGGUGAGCACCACUGGGGAGCAGGUUGUUGAGAAACCGCCUCAAGUCUUCUUCAUGGAGACCCGAAACCUCUGCCCACCAGGACCCUUCAGCAUCAAGUUCAGGCUUCCCGGUCCAGUUCUUCCCUACCAACUCAGAAGCUCUUUUGUCGAUGGUAUGUUUGAGGGGAUUGUGAGGAGAAACUCCUGAAAACAAAAUUUGGCUCCCCGUAGGAAUCGGAUGAGCUUUUUCUUCUUCUUUUGGUGGAACAGUGGACUCAGAACUAGCUGACUGGUUCUCUAGUAGGCUGUAACAUAGAGUUUGCUAGGUUCAUCUUCACCUUUGCUACAACAAUUCCUUCAAUCUCCAGGGUUGAUUCUUGUUAACUUUUCCCAGUUUAUACCUGGAGACGGAGUAAUCGAAGAUUAGAUCCCCAUACAAGACCGUCUCUUCUCUGCCUGCACGCAACUUUCCAACCUCGAUCCAUACCCUUGUCCCAUACGCCAUCAAAGAAGCAGACACAAAAAACAGUGUCCAUAAAUAGCCAGAGCCCAUCAAUUUGAUCUCAUAUCUUCCAGUACGUCAAAGGGAAAUCAUGGCAGCAGUUCUGCUUCUGGUCAUAGUUGGGUUAGUUGCUGUUAUGAUUAUGUGUGGCAGCUGUAACGCUGAGGAACAUCUGUGCAACACGAUAGUCGACGCCGCCGUCACCCAGUGCGUCAAGCAGGUUGCCGGCGACUUGAACGGUGAGAAAAACAACGACCGUGUCAGCAGGUCCAAAGAGCGGAAGACGGCAGAGUGCACCGUGAAUUCCACCACUUCCGUCAGCGGCGGGGCGAUUUGUGAGUCGAACUCCCUGCCGAGGUGCAGACAGUGCUUGACGGGUGCGACUGACAAGGUGAUCAAUCUUUGCCCGGACCGGAUCGGCGGUCAGAUUAACUUCACUCUCUGCUCCUUUAGGUUCGAGCUCCAUCCAUGGUUUUAAAGAUCAAACUGAUGAAUCAAAUUAUGUGCUUAAUUUGAUUCGAGCUGAAUGUCGGUGUUGCUGUUCGUCCCGCUUUGGAUUAUAAUUUAAGUGUUGCGAACAUCGUAGAGUGUAAACUAGUUAUUAGUCUCGAACAUUGUGAAGUUGUCAGCUUACUUGUGAAUUGAAAUUGUAAUGAAAAGGCAC